GCGGCGGCGCGGGGGCGGAGCGGGGGGUCUGUGAUGGCGGCGCGGGGCGGUGUCACCCCGCGGGUGUGCCGGCACUGGUAGUCGCGGAGGGGCGUCGUGCAGGGAUCUCUCCUUUGAUGCUGCCUGACCAGUAAGUCCUUGAAAUACGCUCCAACAGUGGUCACACAAAACCGACAAACUUAAACUGGAGGAGGGAAGAUGACUUCCUUGGAUGUAGCACAGAAGACAAUGAGAAACCUGACCUUGGAUACACCAGAGAAGACAAUCAGUAACCCGGUCAUUCCAUAUGUUGGGACAAUACUUGGUGGCCUUGCUCCUGGAGAGCUGAUCGUGAUACAUGGGACUGUUCCUGAUGAUGCAGACAGAUUCCAGGUGGAUUUACAGUGUGGCAGCAGCAUAAAGCCUCGGGCUGAUGUGGCGUUUCAUUUCAACCCCCGCUUCAAAAGGUCUGGCUGCAUUGUUUGCAACACACUGGAGAGGGAAAAAUGGGGCCGGGAGGAGAUCACUUAUGAGAUGCCCUUUGAGAAAGGGAAGUCAUUUGAGAUUGUCAUCAUGAUUUUAAAGGAUAAAUUUCAGGUGACUGUAAACAAGAAACACUUGCUGCUCUACAACCACAGAAUUAGCCUUGAAAAAAUAGAUACUCUUGGAAUAUAUGGCAAAGUGCAGAUCAAAACUAUAGAUUUUGUUUCUAAUUCUUUACAAGGCUCUCAGCCAUCGUCUCUAGGAGUAACAAAGAUAAACACAGAAAAUGGGGUAAUGCCAAGUGGUUCACAAUUGGGUGUUCCUUACGUUGGGAAACUUGACACUGCACUUCAUCCAGGAUGCACAAUUGCCAUUAAAGGAGAAGUGCAUAAAAACCCAAAGAGCUUUGCUAUAAACUUGAGACCAAGUGACUCAAAGGACAUUGCGUUACAUCUGAAUCCUCGAGUGAAAAAUAAAAUUUUUGUAAGAAACUCCUACCUUCACGACAGCUGGGGAGAAGAGGAAAAGGAAGUUGCUAACUUCCCUUUCAGUCCAGGGAUGUACUUUGAGCUGAUUAUUUUCUGUGAUGCCUACCAGUUCAAAGUUGCUAUUAAUGGUGUUCACACUCUGGAGUACAAGCAUCGUUUUAAACAACUUGAAAAGAUCAACGUAGUGGAAGUCACAGGAGAUGUUCACUUGUUAGAUGUGAGAAGCUGGUAGUUCUUUUCAGUCAGUACUAAAAGAAUUAAGCCUCUUCUAAUGACAGUGCCUCCUUGUCAAGUACAAACAGGUGCUGACUCAUGCUGAGCCUGCCUUUAAUCUGUCUAGGCUUCUGCAUCUGCCUGAGUUAGGCAAGUACCAGAAUUGCUAACUGCAAGAUUAAAUCCUCCUCCAGUUUACAGUUUCCUGGCAAGCUAAGUGUUUGCUCAGAUAAAUCUCCUGUAUUACUGAACCUAGCAAUAUCAAAAUGCUGCAACCUACUGUGUCUAACGAUUGCACUUGUUAUGUUUAAGUUAAACUACUAUUCAUCAUUUCUCGAUAGCAUACAUUCCUAUUGUGAUGUAGAAAUGAGACUGGAAUAGGAUCCAAAGAUACAGUUAUCCACCUCAAAAGGGAUGUUCAUAAUUUAUUUAAAAUAGAACUAUGAAAUAUACUUUCCUACUUCUUAGUUUAUAUUAGCAAUUAUAACCUUUUUACUGAGGCUAGAUUAAGCAAACAGUUGACCCAUUAGUUCUAGCAAAAGGCAAGGAGGAGUUUGAUCUUAAUUCUUAGCCUGCUGCUGCAGCAGUACCUUCUCUGACACUCAUGGUUAUAUCACUUCCUGCUUCUAAGGGGCCUGACAUUUCUACCUUUCAGUUUUCCAAAGUGAAACAAAGGAAAAUGAUUUAGCUGGUUCUAAUUUCAUGAACUUUUGAAAGCUUAUUUGAUCUGAGUUACCUCCUAACUGAGUUAACUGCUUAGAGCCUGAAGAUGAUGUUCGUGGGUUUUGUUUUUGAAAAAUGUGUGAACCAGGUACUCCAGGUAGGGUUUCAGCUGAGAGGGCACUUGAGUGACUGCUCAAGUAGUCACUAGAGAAUGAAUCCUUUUUCAGUCCUGUAUUAAAAUACUAUCGGUGUGAAACAAUGUUCCUAUUCAGUUUUCUGUACAAAUGUCAGUCUAAUUUUUAAAUUAUUUUUAAAAAUAAGUUGCUAUUGACUGUCAAUACAUGCCUGAAGGAUGACCCUAUUUAUCUUAAGAGCUGCCAGAAGUGAAGCAAUUUCAAGAAUAAGAUGUACACUAAAAGACUGUUAAUUACCAGAUUUAAUGUAUAAAAGCAUAAAUAAAAACAUCUGUGAACUCUGCUUUUCUCCA